UCCGGGUCCAUUCAUGAAGACCUGAUCACCACAGGCCAGGACAGCCAGGCAGGUCGACCCUCAUCGUUUUCUCUCGUGUCUGAGCUGCAGAGAAGAGCCCACCAUGCCAGGACUUCUGCUGGGAGACGAGUUCCCAAACUUCGAGGCCGACACAACAAUCGGCAGGAUCAAGUUCCACGAUUUCCUGGGCAGCUCAUGGGGUAUUCUGUUCUCCCAUCCAAAAGACUUCACUCCAGUCUGCACCACUGAGCUCGCCCGUGCUGCCAAGCUCAGCAGUGAGUUCGAGAAACGAGGUGUGAAGAUGAUUGCCCUGUCCAUUGACAGUGUUGAGGAUCACUGCAACUGGAGCAAGGACGUGAUGGCAGUCAGCGGUGCGCCUGAAACUCCUCUGCCUUACCCCAUCAUUGCUGAUGACAAGAGAGCGCUGUCCAUCCAGCUGGGCAUGCUAGACCCCGAUGAGAGAGACAAGGAUAAUAUGCCCCUCACCGCUCGCUGUGUCUUUGUGAUUGGCCCAGACAAGAAGCUGAAGCUGUCCAUCCUCUACCCCGCCACCACAGGGAGGAACUUUGACGAGCUGCUCAGAGUUAUCGACUCUCUGCAGCUCACGGCACAGAAGAAGGUCGCCACACCUGUCGACUGGAAGGCUGGUGACAAAGCCAUGGUCAUUCCUUCGCUCUCUGAUGCUGAAGCUGCUGAGCUCUUCCCCAACGGUGUGACCACUCAAGAGGUGCCUUCAAAGAAAACAUACUUGCGCUUCACCCAGCCCUGAAGAUACACUUCAGACCGCAUCUUUCUCUAGUUUGCUGCUCUUUGACAAACCUAAAUCCGUGGAUGAUAAUUCACAUUUAGAGCCGACCAAAACAUAGCUGCACUUACCUGGUUUGGUGACUUGUGUCAUGCAGUAAACCAGGAGUAUGUAUAGUGUCAAUGUACAGUGCCUUGUUUCCUUUCAAUAAACACACUUUUCACACA